AUGAUCUCACUCACGACUUUCAUCCUUACCCUCUUGGCUCUCUUCAGCCUCUCCCUCUCUGCUCCUAUGCGCAGAGAUGUUUUCGUCCCUCCAAUCAUUUACCCACAAGCUGGUGUGGUCUGGAUAGGCUGGGAGACCGACGAUGCACCCGUAAACAUUACCAACGGGAUCGGCAGGGUAUAUCUAGCUACCAAUACCAUCAUUGAUCUGGACCAUCCUUUGGCAAUUGGCUUCAACAUCUUGGAUGGUCGUGUUGCCAUUCAAGUACCGUCUGUGCCUACAGGUCAGAACUACUCGAUUGUCCUCUUUGGUGACUCGGGCAAUUACAGCCCACAAUUCACGAUCAUCGGCCUUCAGUAACUGGCACCCUACCACGUCCUAUCUAAUCACGCGACGAACAAGUAAUGUCAAUGUUGAACGGAGAGCGCGCAGGUGUAAUCGUGCUCCCUUUAAUGCGAUGGACUAUGUAAUAGUUAUGCACUCGGAUCUUACUGGACAAAUUGUAGUUUAGUGGCGACAAAGUUGCUUUGAAUCUCAUCUGUGAUGGUUGUACUUC